CGGGACGCGCGAUGACGUCACAUGUAAACAAACCGUUUCAAAAAGAUGAAAACAUGACGAGUAAUUUUCCAAAGAGAAACCUGCGUCUCAGCCCAAAUGAACUGGAUAAUCUCCUACGGGAAGAGAAGAAGAAAUGGCAGAUAUUUCGUCUUCAGCAGGUCCGAGAGCAGGCCAAAUUAGAGGCACAGCGAGUUCGAAAAGCUGUAGUUCAUGAGAAAGUACAGAUAGAGGAUGGUCUCAAGCAGGAGCUCUUAGCAAAAUAUCUUGACAAUAAGAAUGCAACUGAAAAGAAGUUGCAGGAAGAAUAUCUCAUGUGUUUACAAGCAUUUGGAGAAGCACACAGAGGAGCAAAGAAUGAGCCUGACCCCAGCAAGGUGUUAGCAGACCGAGCCCAAUACAACAACAUAAAGGCCAACAGAAGAGGUCGUGAAGCAGCAAAAUUAGAAGCUGAAGAGCAAGCGCAUCGUAACCGGGAGAAAAAUAGACCCAUCCAACAACGGCAAGGAUGCUCUUCAGCUUGAAAAAGCGCGUGCCCAGCGUGUGGCCCAGCUGCCCAUUCCAGAGACCUUUAGGAAGAAAAAACCCGUCAUACAAGAGAAGGUAUCAAAGGUAAAGCUGUAUGAGGCUGGUACAUAUACCACCACUACGUAUGUGCCAAAGAAUACUGUUGUGGAAAAGGAAAUAGAGUCAACCACAUCCCAGUGCUCAUGAAAUGGCAAGGAAAGAGGCAGAAGAUCUUGCAGCCAAAGCUGAAGCUGAGCUGCAAGAAGCUGAGGAAGAGGCCCAGAGGAGAGAGCAGCGUGGGAAAGAGGCACUAGCAAGAGAACGCCUAAACCGCAAGUACAUUGAGUUGAUGGAGAAGCUUCAGCAAGCGCAGCAGGACCACCAGCUGUCUUCCUACAUGCGGGGAGCUGACCUGACGAUAUAUGAAGUGGAAAGGUCUAGAUUAGGAGGAUUGACAUCUCUAGAGCAACAUAUGGAAAGAGUUGUAGAGAAGAUGCUGAGAGACGAGGCCAGGCAAGCGACAGAGAGCAAAAUGGUAGCCCAGAAAUUAGUUGAGUCUUCAGAUUUGGUUGAGGUUGUAGAGUCCUCCAAACAGGAUCUCAGCUAUGACAGUAAACUACAGGACUUACAAGAAAUCCUUGAAAAGAUCAGGGAGCAAAGACGACAGCUUUUAGAGACAACUGUUGUGAGCUCACCAGAGGAGCUCCCUGCAGGAGAGCAGUAUGAACCAGAUGAAGAUGAAGGUGAAUCUGAUGAAGAUGCUGGAGAUCCCAGAGUAAUUUCUGGGAAAGGGAGAACUGAAACUCAGUGUCAGCAAUUAAGGAAUGGUUCAACUGAAGGAGAUGAAGAUGAGGCAAACCUAGGUCAGGAGAGGUGUCCCUAUGGUCGGACAGCCACAGAAAGGCAAGGUUUGCCGAGUGCAGAGACGUUACCAAGUUCCAUUCCACUGUAUUAUCCCAGUGGUGGAAUGGGAAGGAGGUCCAUAGAAGAUACAUAUCAGACAUCUUAUGAGCCAAGUUCAGCUCUAGAAUCUAGUUCAGGAGAUAUUGAGGUGAAAAUAAGAAUCAGUGAUGACAGUAGUUUUGAAACAGACAGACCCACAAUGCCUGUGAUAAGUAAUUUACCAGGCAAGUACCAGGAAAAAUCUUCAAGCAUUGGAGAUGAAGCAAGCACAGAGUACUUGAGUCCUCCUUCACAUCUCCCAUCAAAAGGAUAUAGUCAUGAAGACACAGUUGAAAAUCUGAGAAGAAUUACAGAACACAGACAGAAAAUAGCCUCCCUCCUAGAUAAACUACCUGUUAAGUCACAUCAGAGGACGAGCAACUUCAGCACACCAACUAGUAUGUACACUGAAAAACUGAAGGGAGAAGGUAGUGGGCAGAGACCCUUGAAGAAGAAGCAGAAGUUUGAGCUAAAGAAGAAGGAGAUUAUUCAGCACUACAUAAAUGAGCUCUUGAAGAUGAAAGGCGAUGACUUGCUUCAGAUAUCAGCCUCUACUGUUGAAGGAUCAGGGUUGACAAUCAGCUGCAUGUCUGCAUUCCUUAAAGCCAUGGAGAAAACUGGUGACGAUUCCACCCUAAGUUCAUCCUACCUGUCCUUGAAACAUCGCUCUCCCUCUUUGCCUCGGUAUUCAAGCACCAGCAGCUAUGAAGACAUUGAUGAAAUCCCUGUGAGACUGAGCAGCUGUUCCUCCAUUGAUAAGAGAGACACACGAGACCAUAGUCCGACCACUUACUCCAGCCACUGUUCAAAGGCUAGCUAUGAGCCUCAGCGAUACCACAACAUGCCCAGCUUCCCCACUUCGCAAAUCAGUGGUGAUUCAAAAAUAAAAAGAAUUUCAGCAGAUCACCUUACAAACAUGGAUUAUAAGCAUUAUACUGAUCCAAGGCAUUCAAAAAUUGAUAUGCUGGAUGGCAACUCAGACCAAAGAGGAUUUUCUCCAGAAUUCAUAGACCGCUCAAAUUCCACAGGGGAGGAAAAGUAUAAUACUGGUGGUUUGGUCCGGAACACUCACAAGAAAACAUCCCAGCAUAUUGGCACAGAUUCUCCCUGUGAAGAACAGAGCACAGAUUCAGUGAAAUUAGAUGAUGGAAAUGCCUACGGAACUCAGUCAAGAAAUUAUGAGAAGGAACUGGAGAUCCUAGAGAAGCUCAGCACAUUACAGAAACUGAAGCAAGACAUCCUGAAGGCCCAGAGCACUGUGGUUAAAGUUGGGAGUGAGCUGUAUGUGAGUCAAAAAGCAGAAAGUAGGAUGCCACAGUCAAGUGACCCAGAGACUACAGCUGCCGAAACUUCUCAUUGCAGCAGCCAAAAAUAUUCGAGAAAAGUAACAUUUAGAGAAACUCAGCUAAAGAAAGACUUGAGUAUAAUCUAUGAGGAUAGUUCAUUUAUGUCAGAUUAUGUGAACAAAAGCAAGUCAGUGAGCUACCAAACUCCAUCAAGAGAGUACGAGUCAUCACCAGAGGAUCAUCGAGUGGGGGAAAGCCUCAUGCAGAGACAUGUUCUAGAGACAAGAGUGCCAGCAAGGUCAGACUCCUCUCACUUAGAAUAUACAGCCUCACCCUAUGACCUGCAGCCAAGGCAAAAAAGUUACGCAAGUCUUUCUGGGCAAGAAAGUGAGGGCAGCAGGAAUAGUCAACUAGAUUCUAAGUCAAUGCAGAGGUCUAGAGUUGGUGAACAUGGGUCCCAAAGCCCAUUCCAACUUUCAGCACCGAAUCCACAUUCCUACGAUGCUGAAGGGAUGAAUGCCAAGAGGUUUAUUAACAGUGGUUCUGCAAUGCUUCCCCCUUCCAACCGGAAUGAGAGGCAGUCAAGUUUCUCUGAGGAGCCUGAGCAGGAGAACCUCAGUACCUUUGACCACACAACUAGUAGUUCGGUCUUUACCCCCCUCGGCCCAGAAAACACCUUGACAUCAACAUCAGCAUUUUUAACCCCCCUAAAUGAAUCCAACAAUCAAAGAGAGGACCAAACUUCCAUUAAAAAGGCAGAUGAUUUAACAGAAACUGAGACAUCAGGACAGUCACAGGGGGCCCAUAGUCUGUCACGCAAGGGGUCAUCUGAUUCUGUUUAUUCGAUGCCAGAUAUGACUGAGGUUCUGAAGAAGUUUGGGCUGGACUGGGCUGAGAGCAUGAUGAAGAAAAUGGAGAAGUCAGAGAAGCGAUCGUCGUCGGAAAAUUCCUUUUGUGAUUAAGAAGUGCUAUUUUUAGAGCACUGUGGAAGUAGAUAUGUAUUAGAGUGCAUAUUUUUAUUUGUUUUGUUAAUAUGCUGAUUUUAUUUUCUUUAUGGAGAAGUUUAAAGAGAUAUAGGUAAAUAUAUAAUAAACCUUUUAAUCUAUUUUUAGGGUAUUAAUUUUCCAGCAGAUGAGUGAGGAGGUUCCUGUAUUACAUCUUGUAUGUUAAUUAAAGGUUAAAGAAGCAUACAGUAUUGUAAAUACUAGGAAAUCAUUUAAGAAAUGCUAGGGUGUCUGAUAAGAAGCGAGACUCAGGACAAAAGUAUUUUCUCUUUUGAAAUAUGAAUAAAUUUCUUUAUUUCCAAUCUUUUUAUUAGUUUUCUCAGGUAUGGAAUACCUGAGAAAAUGGAUUGAACUGAUCAGACAUUUAGCAAAUCUUACUAUUUCAGUUUCAUUAAUGCCAAUUCUCGUAGAUAUAAUAUUGAUAUGUAAAUUUACUUGCCUUCCUCAUGUGAGGAAUUAUUCUCUCUCAUUCACACCUUUUCUAUUUCACUGUGUUUUCAAUCCAUGAGGAAUACCAAGAGAGUGAAUCUAAAAGAAUGUAAAUUCCAAACAUUCAGGGAUGAUGUUGACAUUUCCGAUUAAUUGUAGACUUUCAUGAAAGGAACCUGACUAAUAUUAUCCGAAGAAAAUUUUAUAGGGGUACCAUUUUUUUUUUUUUCCAUAUCUUAAAAAUAUUUUUUAUUUAUUUACUACCUAUUUUAAGAGUGAGUUAAGAGGGACAUGGAGAAA